AUGGCUUGUGGAAAUGCUAAUUGCUCUGGUCAUCCCAGUAAUACUCCCCUAUUUCAAUUAGAUAAUUCAACAUCAACAAGUUCCAAUGAAAUACCCGAUGAUCCUCUUUGUUCGGACUCCACAAAGUCUAAACUUCCAAACUCUCUUCCCACUGGUUCUAAGAAAAGCAAGAAACGAGGGCGUGACCCUACUUCCUCUACUAAUAACGUAAGCCCCGAACCCAAAAGAUCAAAUUUAAGAAGCAAUCAAGCUAAAAUUAACUCAGAACCUCAAUCUCAUUCAAUUAACAACGUGUCUUUAUCAACUGAUUCUGCUAAUAGUAAUGAUAUUAUACCGAUAUCUCUUGAUACCACAGCUCCAAAACCCCUUGAACCAGCUCCCGAUUCUCAAACUUCAAUCCCAACUUCAAACACAAGCAAUAAUAAUAGGUUCUCCCUCUACUACCAAAACGUAAGAGGGCUUCGCAGUAAAACAACUCAAAGUUAUAAUAACUCUCAAGCUUUUCCAUAUGACCUUCUCGCCUUCACUGAAACAUGGUUGAACGCUACUAUUUUAGAUACAGAACUUUUCGACAAAGAGUUCUUAGUUUACAGGAAAGAUCGUCAUGUCGACGUUAAGAGCCCGGUUGGAGGUGGAGUUCUCAUAGCUGUUCGAAAUAAUUUCUGUUCAUCCCUUGUAACAUUCCCCUUUAAACUUAACAUUGAACUAAUUUGCAUUAAAAUACUAGUAAAAUCAAGACAUCUAUUUGUUUUAAAUGUUUAUAUCCCACCCAAAACUUCCCCUUCUACUUUUGCAGAACUUUCAAUAGCACUAGAUUUUGUUUUUGGAAUUGCUGAUCUAGACAGUUCAAUUCUUUUAUUAGGUGAUUUUAACCUCCUCAAUAUAGACUGGGUCCCAUCAGAAGACGAAUCCUACCUUGAAGCUUCUUCGACUUCAUCUCAACAGGAGCUUCAUUUGUUGGACAAUAUUAUCUCUACAGACUUACAGCAAGUUAGCUGUAUCAAAAAUUUUAGAAAUCGAAUACUCGAUUUAGUUUUUUCAUCUGACGCUGUUAAUACGGUAGUGACAGAAGCUUCCACUGCCAUAUCUAACAUAGAUAUUUACCACCCUCCCCUUGAAAUUUUUUUGGAUUUGGGCGAUCAUUUACUCGAAAAUAGUAAUCCUCAAGAUACUUCGUUUGCCUUUGACUUUCGUAAGGCUAAUUAUCAGCAGCUUUCCGACAUUCUCAAUACAUCUGGCAUUGAAAAUUUACCAACUUCGGACGACAUUGAGAUAACUGUUUCUCACUUUUACCGUGUUUUAAACAAUUGUAUAAGCGAAAUAGUCCCACAAAAAAGAUCGAAAUAUUCUAAGGUUUCUCAUCCUUUGUAUACAAAAGAGCUAAAAAUUCUUCGAAAUAAGAGAAACAAAGCUUGGAAAAAUUAUGUAAGAACUUUGUGCCCAAGUAAUAAAGAAAUUUAUAUAUCACUUUUUGAAGAGUUUAAAACCCUCUCUAAUAACUUAUAUGCAGAUUAUCUUAGUUCUAUGGAAAGUAGUCUCAAGCUAGAUCCUAAAUAUUUUUGGAAAUUUGUUAAUAUGAAAAAAAAAUCAGAUGGCUAUCCAGUUAAUUUCAGCUAUGAAAACAACAUGUUAAAGAAUACUUCAGAUAUUUGCGAUGCUUUUGCGACUAACUUCUGUCAAUCUUUUAUUGACAUACUCGCCAAUGUGGACGUAGAUUACUUCCGUUAUUUAGAAAAUUGCCCACAAGUUACAUUUAAUAAUAUUCAAAUUGAUACUUGUAAAGUAUCCCAUUUUCUUUCAUUACUACAUGAAGAUUAUUCUGUCGGACCAGAUGGUAUUCCUGCAGCAGUUUUGAAAAAUUUUAGGUAA